AUGCACCUUCUUCAUUGCACCAAGGGAGACUUUGACCAGCCAUUAGCGAUCCACCUGGAACAAGUCGGCGAGCAGCCCCCACCCUAUGCAACCCUCUCGCAUGUCUGGGGAGAUGGCGAGGUUACAUUCCAGGACUGCGAGGACGUCGAAGACAUAACGCGUCUGUCCAGGAUAACGUUGAAGAAAGGCUACGCCAAGCUGGCGGCAGCAUGUGAGCGCGCCCUGCAGGAUGGGCUUGGAUACGUCUGGGUUGACACGUGCUGCAUCAACAAGAGCUCCAGUGCCGAGCUGUCCGAGGCGAUCAACUCCAUGUUCCGCUGGUACGAGAUGUCGCAGACGUGCUAUGCCUACCUAGACGACCUCCAUGACCGCUUCAACCUGCGGAACCUUCGGAAGAGCAGGUGGUUUACGAGAGGUUGGACGCUGCAGGAGCUGAUUGCACCGGCGGACGUUGUGUUUCUCACCGCCGAGUGGCAGGAGAUAGGGACAAAGGCCACGCUUUCGAAACAGAUAUCAAGCAUCUCACGGAUACGGGAGUGUAUACUUGUCGAUGGACUGUAUGCGCACGAUACAAGCGUGGCGGAGAAGAUAUCCUGGGCGGCCAGACGACGGACGACCCGAGAGGAGGACCACGCCUACUCCCUUCUGGGCCUCUUCGAUGUUCAUAUGCCGCCUAUUUAUGGCGAAGGGGGCUCCAGCGCGUUCAGGAGAUUACAAGAGCAGAUCAUGCAUACGUCAACCGAUCAUACCAUCUUCACCUGGUGGGGACAAGGAUCUUCUAUAACCUCUGGAAUCCUGGCCUUGUCUCCCGACCAAUUCUUCGGCGCGAAGCUCCACCCUGUCGAGUUUGACGUCUAUCGGCAAGCGUUUGAUUUGCUUCAGGCAAAGCCGGAAUUCACCGUCACAAACUAUGGCCUGAAAAUGCAGAUCCCCAUAGCAGAGAUUGGACCGGACUACCCAGGGUAUUACUACGGAUUCCUCGCGGCGCGAUACAUAGGCGCUUCUACCGUAAAUGAGUGGGCCACGAUAUACCUCUACCGGCAGCCGGGAGGCGGCAUGCGCCAGUUCACCCGCACGAGCUUCAAGGGCAUGUGGUUUGAACACAGGAAGAUCGGCGCCGAGGACUUCCACAAGGACACUAUCUUUAUAAAAAUAACUGUCGAUACCUGGCCGCUGGUGUUGAACCCGGACGUGAGCGAGCCUUUCGGUACGCCAUCCCUCAGAGGUGGAUGCGGCGGACAGAUGGAACGGCGGGUGUACAUGGCAUUUGCCAAGAAGCAUCCAACAAUUCACAUUGCAGAGUACUGGGUGAACGACUGCCCGCUGAGGUGCAACGAAGUUCUCAUGCUCAGCUUCAAGGGCCGAUGGGCCAUGAGGACGGAGUCGGGGCGGGAGAUAUUCCCGGACCUACACAAAGCCACCGUAGCGAGGAGUAUACAGGCUGACUUUGUCGAGUUCGACCGAAGAACAUACGAAAACGGCCGACACCUUGCUUUCAUAAUCAUGAGCAACGGGAUAGACAGGAUUCUUGUCGUCAUGGCUAUACAGCGGGGAGCAUGGCUACUCCUGCUUGCAAAAAUAGAGAGCAACGUCUCAGUCCGGACGGUGAGGCAUGACAUGCUCUCUCCCGUGGAGAAACAAGACGGAAGUGACCAGGUACUACACCGGCGAGCCAGCACGCUGCUUACACCUCCUUGGCUACAAUCUAAAUUCGUCGGCGUGGGCGUGCCCUUCAACCCACCAGGGCCAUUCGAGGCCCGCCUGGGCAGAUACUUUGUCUCGAUCGAGCGAGAGACCCGUUUGGACCGUCCGAAGGAGCUGUUCUUCCGCAUCACUGUCGGCAUGAGGCCAGUGGUGUCUCGGAAAGCAGCAGGCACGUUCCAAAUCAAGGAGAACGCGACGAAAUCUGUAUUUCUGAUGAGAUCGAUACCGAGUUCUUGA